GUUAGAGAGAGAAACUCAUAACAAUUUAGAGAGAGAAACUCAUAAUCGUUAGAAAUAGCAUUACUUAGUUUGAAGUUUGAACCAGUUAAUUCAGGGGCUUUCCAACUUUCUUUGCCAGAUCAGUUGUUCUGGCAAUGCAAGAGAAAUAACACCAAAAGCCCCCACAUAGAUAGAGAGAGAGGGGAUGCACUAGAUUUUUGAGAGAGAGACCCGUGUGAUUUCUUUUCUAGGAAAAAAAAGAGACCCAUCUGAUUUCUGGAGUAAUUCGUAUCUAAAAUCAGUCGUCAGGCCAUAAAUCGACAUGAACGACCUCCUAACGGACUCCUUUGAGAAGGCUAGAGGUCCUAGAAUGAGAGACGUAGAAUUUGGAAAUGGAUUUUCUCCUGAUGCCUCUGAGAUUGGGAUGGUUGGCUUCUUUGAGAAGGUUGGGGAGAUCGAGAUUCAAAUCGACAGAAUAUCAAGUCUAUUACAAAAGCUUCAAUUUUCUGAUGAUUCAGGAUGCCAAUGAGGAGUCCAAAUCUGUUUUGAAAGCCUCAAUCAUGAAAGAAAUCAAAGAGAGAAUGGAGAAGGAUGUGGAUCAGGUUGGAGGGAUUGCUCGAAGCACCAAAGUUAAUCUCGAAGGACUUGAUAGAGACAACUUGGAAAACAGACAGAAGCCAGGAUGUGGAAGGGGAACGAGUGUUGAUCGUUCUAGAAUGUCCAUGGCCGUGGCACUGAAAAAGAAGCUGAAGGAUAAGAUGACCGACUUCCAGACUCUAAGGCAAACAAUCCAGGAUGAGUAUCGAGAGGUAGUUGAGCGAAGAGUAUUCACAGUGACGGGAGCCUCGACUGACGAAGAGACAAUUGAUCACUUGAUAGAGACGGGGCAUGUCGAGCAGAUAUUCCAGAAGGCAAUUAAUAACCAAGGCCGGGGAAUGAUAAUGGACACUUUGGACGAAAUCCAAGAGCGACAGGAUGCAGUUAGAGAGUUAGAUAAAAGGCUUCUUCACUUACAACAGAUGUUUUUGGACAUGGCAGUUCUAGUGGAGGCACAAGGUGACAUGGUUGACGACAUUGAAGCUCAGGUCUCAAGGGCAGUGGAUCAUGUGCAAACUGCAACUGCAGUUAUCCACAAAGCCAAACGGCAGCAAAGGAACACACGCAAGUGGACAUGCAUUGCCAUUUCCAUUCUUCUGUUCAUCAUAAUUAUAGCAUUGGUUCCAAUACUCAAUGAGUUCAAGCCAUGGCUUGAAAAGAGUAAGAAUCCUUAAUGUCUAUGCUUCUGAUAUGGGUUCUCCACUAUUUUGAUGGGUGGGUUUGUAUUAUUAAUGUUUAAAUUCUUAUAUUCUUUUGUAAUAUUGAUGAUUAUAGGUAAUAAUAAGGUCUUUUCUCUCUC